CGAGCGCGCGAGCGGCGGGCGCGGCAUGGCGAGGCCCCGGCGGCCGUGAGGGAGCGCGGGCGGACGCGGCAGCCAUGUCGCCGGUGUGGUCGCUGCUGGCGGGGCUGCUGCUGCUGCUGCUAUGGGUGCGGCACCGGGGGCUGGAGGCCGUGCUGGUGCACCACCGCUGGGUCUUCGUCUGCUUCUUCCUCAUGCCGCUCUCCAUCCUCUUUGACGUCUACUACCAUCUGCGCGCCUGGGCCGUCUGGCGCCUCCACAGCGCCCCGCGGCAGCACGCCCAGCGCGUUCGCAACAUCCAGGCGCAGGUUCGGGAAUGGAAGAAAGAAGGCAGCAAAAGGUACAUGUGCACUGGCCGGCCGGGUUGGCUGACUGUGUCACUUCGUGUUGGCAAGUACAAGAAGACUCAUAAGAACAUCAUGAUCAACUUAAUGGAUGUUCUGGAAGUGGACAGUGAAAGACAGGUUGUUCGUGUGGAGCCUUUGGUGACCAUGGGCCAGUUGACUGCCUACCUCAACCCAAUGGGCUGGACUGUUCCUGUGGUACCAGAGCUUGAUGAUCUUACAGUAGGUGGCCUGAUCAUGGGGACCGGCAUUGAGUCUUCAUCCCAUAUCUAUGGACUUUUCCAGCACACCUGUGUGGCCUAUGAGCUUGUUCUUGCUGAUGGAAGCCUUGUGAGAUGCUCACCAACUGAAAAUUCAGACCUAUUUUAUGCAGUGCCUUGGUCUUGUGGUACUCUGGGUUUCCUGGUUGCAGCAGAAAUAAAAAUGGUUCCUGCCAAGAAAUAUGUCAAAUUGCACUACUGUCCCGUGAGAGGACUGCAGAAGAUCUGUGAAAAGUUCACUGAGGAGUCUAAGAAAAAGGAGAACAGCUUUGUGGAAGGACUCGUGUAUUCUUUGGAUGAAGCAGUCAUCAUGACAGGAGUCUUGACUGAUGAAGCUGAGCAAAGCAAGGUAAACAGGAUUGGUAACUACUACAAGCCGUGGUUCUUUAAGCAUGUGGAACAGUAUUUGAAAGAGGACAGCACUGGCACAGAAUACAUUCCCUCCAGACAUUAUUACCACAGGCAUACACGCAGUAUCUUCUGGGAACUCCAGGACAUCAUUCCUUUUGGCAAUAACCCUGUUUUCCGUUACCUGUUUGGCUGGAUGGUUCCUCCAAAAAUCUCUCUGUUAAAGCUCACCCAAGGAGAAGCCAUUCGAAAGCUGUACGAGCAGCACCACGUUGUGCAGGACAUGCUGGUGCCAAUGAAGAGCCUCCAGAAGUCCAUCCAGACCUUCCACAACGACCUUCAUGUGUACCCUCUCUGGUUGUGUCCUUUCAUACUGCCUAAUAAUCCUGGUAUGGUCCACCCAAAAGGAGAUGAAACAGAACUCUACGUGGAUGUAGGAGCUUACGGAGAGCCCAGAAGGAAACAGUUUGAAGCCAGGGCUUCAAUGAGGCAGAUGGAGAAGUUUGUAAGAAGCAUACAUGGUUUCCAGAUGCUGUAUGCAGAUUGCUACAUGACCCGUGAGGAGUUCUGGGAUAUGUUUGAUGGCUCCUUGUACCACAAGCUGAGGGAGCAGAUGAAUUGCAAGGAUGCCUUUCCAGAAGUGUAUGACAAAAUCUGCAAAGCAGCAAGGCACUGAGCCUGGGUGACCUAAUCAAGCAAUCAGGGAAAGAUGAAUUUACCUAUAGCUAGUCAAUAUUUCCUUUAAAACAACACCAACAAAGCUUUAUUGCUCUCCAAAUAAGCUCCUUCCUGUCAAUGUUUGAAGAUAUGAAUUCCUGCUUUAUACUAUUUAUGUUUAGUAUUUCUUUGUACGUUUUAAAUCCCAUUUUCCAACCUCAAAGUGAUUGUUUUUAAGAGAUCUCAAGUGCUAGCCUUUGUGUCUUGAUGUAGGGGACAUAGGUGAGCUCACCAGUUUCCAAGCGCUGGAAGAGCAACUGCCUGAAGAGAGCUGGAGUGACAGCAGCUGUAUGCGAUAGCUACUGGAAGUGGUGGGUGAGGGCUGAGAAAUAGGUGCCAAAGCUGAAAGCAUUGUCAAACGAAUGCUGGUGUUGAAGCCCUUUGCCUGCAGCGGGGAGCCCGUAGGGCAGCUCAGCGACCGCACCACCGGCGGUAGGGCGCUGCGCGGUGCUGUGCCGUCAGUGUUCCGCCGUGCCGUCAGCUCGGCAGAGCACUGCAGCUCCCUGACGGCAGGCCUGAGCACUGGGGGGGUGAGGAAAAUGCUUUUUACUUGUGCCUAUCAGAUUUGUACUGGUUUUGGUUAUGAAGUGUAAGUGGGUGUAGGUUUUAGCUACUUUGUAACUGGCUAACAGUGCGUUGCUGGGGGGUUGGUCUCCCCCCAAAUCUCAAUGUUCUGGCUUUGCAGACUACUGAAGACAUUGCUGCUAUUCCCUAUAGCCAAGCUUUAAUUUCAGUUUUUACUUGUUGUGGAUCUGUUUGUUUGGAUUUUUUGAGGGGUUCUGGUUGUUGCUUAAUUUUAGUGCCUUACAAAAUACUCAGUUGGAGGAAGACAUGGGUUAUUUCACACCCGUCAGAGGAGGAGGUCAAGGCUUUAGUCAGAGCACGUGGCUGUGGAUAAGCAGAGCCCCUGUGGCUCUUCAGCACACACAGGCUUUGGUUCUGACUCGAGUGGCCCUUCUGCUUUUUUGUUUUAGCUGGAGUAGAUUGAUAGGCUUUGUAAAAGGACUGUUUCAGUCACCUGGAGAGGAAGCCAGCAGCGAAUGCUGUUGGGUUCCUUCUGCCUGCUUGCUGGUGAGAAGGGUACACUCACUUCGGCCGAAGAAGUGUGGGAAUGUUUUGACCCUGUAGCCAAAAAAACACGGUUCAGAACCAACCCUGUGUCUUGUCCAAGCAGUACUUCAAACUGUUACUUGAAACCUUGCUGAUCUUGAAGGAGAAAAAAGUGAUUUUCUUGAGGCUUGGGUGAGGUGAAGACAUUCUUCAGCAGUUCCCAGUGGGAGGCCUGAUUUCUGUAUGAGUGCUAAACCAAUGAUUAUAUUUAUUGAUAGAUGGAUGUUUAUGGUCCAGAUGAAACCAAUGAUAAAGCAGUGACAAGAAGAAGCUUGGCCUGUUGCUCAGUGAUGCAUGCUGGGCAAACUGGGUGCAGAUCAAGUACCCCUUAGAGCCCCCCGUCAGGGCCUGGGAGCAUGAGCAGCCUGCCAAGGGGAGACGCAGCCAGUGCAGAGCCUGCAGUGCUGCCCGAGCCACACUGGGGCUGUGUCAGUGAUCCAGGGGCAUCUGCUACACCCUGCCAGGCUUUGGGGUGCAUGGGAAGGCAAACGCUGAUUCCUGGGGUGUAAGCUGCCCUCCUGCCCCUGGGGCAGAGCUAUGAUUUAGCCCAGUGAUUGUAACACAAGCUGCAAAGAGAGGGUUUGGUUAGCUCUGACAGGGCGAGGUUAAAGAGCUGGAGGACAUGCAGAUCCCUUUCCCUGGGCCGCCUUUCUCUCACGUACGUACUGCUGAUCUUUAGGUGUGCACUGUAUUUGGGUUUUCACUCCUUAAUUUAUUGGCAAACGCUGUUUGGGGUGGUUGGGUGCUGUCCCUGUGCCUGUCACACACCCGCAUCGUGGCUGUGGCUCUUCAUUUUCCGUUGUACGGGCUGUGAAAAUAAAAGAUCUAUCCAGCA